CUUUUCGAGUAAUGAUAUAAACUAAUUGUGUAAUGAUCACCGUUAAUUUAACUGCACAAGGAGGGAUAAAUCAUGGCGAUUUACCCUGCGUCCAGUUGUGCAGUCAGUUGUAUCGUUUUUGAGAUGUUUGCUCGCAGAUUUUCCAGUGGGCGCCUGCUUGCAUUGCGCUAGGUAUCAACUCAAUAAGCUGUGAAUGCGUAUUCAAACAAGGGAAGCCUUCGAACUGUCAAUCACGAAGAGACAUCCAGUAAUCGUAACAAAGAAGGCAAAUAAGUUAGCCAUCUGCUUCCAAGACAUUUCAAGCGUUGUACACAUCUGCGAGGAGCAAAACUUCCCAACUCAACGCAGCAGCAACAUCAUGUUUUACCAAGACCCUUUCUUGCUCUACCAACAAACUUCAUUUUGCCACGGCAGUUCACCGGCGCGAAGUGGCUCUCAAAAUCGAUCAUCGUUCCGAAUUGAUGACAUCCUGGUUCCAAGGCAGCCUUUCCUAGUUUCAAAACAGCCAGGCUUUCAAGAGUCUAGACCGCCUGCACCAAAUGCCAACCCGUUGAAAUUUGGCAUGCACUCGAUCCUCACGCAGAGACCUCGAGAAGACAUGCCCUUGUUUCAAGGUGAGGAAGUAACUUUAAGCACUUUCUAUACCGCAGCUUUUGGCACGCUGAAAGUCAAUUGUGAACCUAUUUAUUUAUUGUCAAUUCCUGAAUUUUAAACUGUUUUCAAUAGUUUUGCACGAGGCAUUUGAAGCUAAGGAGAAAAAAUGUCUCCAGUCGUCGAAUGCUUGCAAUAUUGGCUUGCAUGCUAACUUUCUAGAGGCAUGUGUGCUGAAGUAACAGACAGUGUGAUUUUCGUGAGUCCACUAAACCUACAAAAACAGGUUCCAAAUUUUGAGACUCCACUUUAUUCUGUACCUUGCUAAUUUCUGUAGAGUGAAAACGAGCUCAGCAACGUGAAAGAAAAUAACUAGACAGUGGAAAAGACCCGCGUAACACAAGAAAAGUCCGCCUACGACUAAAGGCUUGUAUCACAAAAGAAAAAAGGCUUUAUUAAAAACUGGCGUUUGCGUUAGCUAUCCUCUUUUUUAAACCCAAGCGAGUAUACCCUCUGGCACCCAGGGAAGCAUUUUGCUUUACGAAUGAGAGAGAUCAAAACUUAAUAAAUUGGACAUUAACUUGUGAAAUAAGGGAAUUCAUUUUCUCGCGUGUUGUUUCGGAAUCACGACCAACCGUGCCAGCUUGCUUCAGACAUAACAUCUCCAUUGAAUCACCGCACUGAUAAAGUAAUGGACGCGGCAAUGAACACAGAGAAAGAUUAAUGACAUUUAAAGAGGAUAUAUCUCCAAUUUUUUUGUAGCAAUUUCGUAAUGACAAAAAAAUCACAAAGAGGGGAAAUCGAGAUACAAUUUGGUUAAAUGAAAACAAAACCAACAAAAAAAGCACACGAAGAAAACAUCUUGCAAAUAAACUGUACAUCAAUCUCUCUCUUCUGGUUCACAGCUUCACGAUAAGGCAAAGACAGAAUGAAUUGCCGUCUUAGUUAAACCUAAACUGAACUGCCGGUUUGAUCUGAUUCAUGCACCUUGCAAGACAGUAGAGUUGAAUCUAAUGCGUGUUGAAACCAAAAGGCAUGAAUUCAUUCACUGUUAGGGCUGCGGCAGUCAUUACCAAAUACCUUCGACAGGCGAUCGAGACGUUUGCCGAAACGGGAGAAAAUGUGUCUUUUUAAAUCAAAAUAAAUUGAUCUCAAAUAAUUUUAUUGAUCUCAAGGGUGAAGCUAAGCUUACGGAAAAACAGUACUUUUGGUUAGAUUGAAAAGAAGGCAUUUAUGUUUUUGUUACCUUUGUGAAGAAGCGAUUAUGAAGAGAAUGAAUAGCGAAGAAUGUCAAAACCAGUACCAAACAGUACGAUUGAAGGAAGAAACCGUUGUUCUUCCGCGGUAGCUGACACAGACUUUUCACCUGCCCUGCGUAUUGGGUUACAAAACGAGCUUUUCAUGUACCUCCCGUUUUGUUAUGUCAAAGUAGAAAUGUCUUUUAAAACUGUUCAACAAUGGAAAGACCUUUUUGUUAUUUCCUCCAACAAAUACACGUGUUAAGGACUUCAUUUGUCGAGAAGUAAAGCAAGGAAACGGGUCUGACAAUCGGACAAAGAUUUCAAGGGCUUCAAUUACCGAUCAGCGGUUACUUUCUUUUGUUGUAGCGAAGCUGCUCUUGAGAUUUGGUUGUUUCUAAUCCUGUGUCAACACAUCUCAAGCAUUAGUGAUCUCGAUUAAGCUCAAAAUCGCGCCCAUCAUUCUUCAUUCAAUAAUUCACUCUGAUUUGUGCCCUUUGCAGAUCCCAGUCCCGAAGUCUUAAGCCAAUUGCCGGUGUAUUUUCGCGUUAAACCGACUCUACGAACUCCAAGCGGACGAAGGUGCCGUAAAUCUCGGACAGUCUUCACCGAUCUUCAACUACGCGUCCUGGAAAAAACGUUCGCGGAGCAAAAAUACUUGGACACUUCUAACCGAGCGAAACUCGCCCAAACCUUGGGCUUGAACGAGACUCAGGUUAAAACUUGGUUUCAGAACAGGCGAAUGAAAUGGAAGAAAGAAUCGAGCCAGAAUGGCCAAGAAUCGUCGACAUCGUCUAAAGAUGAAGAGACAGGCUCGUCAGAAAUAAAGGAGACAAAAACCGAAGAAGCAAGCACAGAGACCCUGAAAGACGCCGGGAGUAGGCACAGUGAAUGAAAUUUAUAGACACUGGAAUUUAAUUUGGAUUUGCCAUGGAAUGAAUUGAAAAUGUAACAACACAGUUUCCUGCGAAUUAAUGGGAAAGUCACGCAAACUAUAAGAGAAAAACGGUUUUAAUGCCAUCUUUAACUUAUAUUCUUGGCUUUAAUCUAAACACGUUGUUAUUUUAAUGUUUUCUUGAACAAUGAUAUCGUUCAGAUCGUUGUAAAUAAUGAUAAUAACACAUGUAAAAUGUUGGUCAUGUCCUUUUUUUCCGUUUAUAGUUUUAGCGCUUUUCUCGUCAUUCGAGUUACACAAUUUUAAAGAUAAUUUUUCUGACUUGCCUCUUACGUUUGAGCUAAUAUUUUAGUGGAGCCAAAUAACUGAAAGACUGUGUAAUAAUUCGAAGAUCCAAAGAAAUUAAGAAUAAUGGAAGUGAGUUUUUCAUUAGGUCAAAUGUCCUGCGCUCGGGUCUGAAUGACUGACGCCCGGGAUGCGCUGAUGUCGAAAAAAGCCACUAAUUGCCAUCCACCCAAUUUUCAGGAAAACAAUUACGGCCAUUUGUCAAAAAAUGACAAGAAUGGAAGGUUAGAAACGAUGUUCGCGUAGACGUUUUUUAGGCCUAUGAAAAAAAAAAAUUCAAGUAUAAGAGAAGAAGAUCGUUAAGACGCCAAAACGUCAAUUUAAAAGACUGAACAUGUGCCUUUUCACAUUUUAUUUGAAGUCAAUGCCAAAGCGGUAUUGAAAUGAUGCUUCUCUAAGCACCAAUUAUGUGAAUAAGAUCAUUAAGUCAGUAUUACUCAGUAUAUCACAGUUUUUUUGCAACGAGAUUUUUCCGCCCAGACUUCGUUUGCUUCGAGGGAUGAAUCAUGUAGGGGUGAUCGCGUAAUAUUCACUUGGGAACACAUUUCAUUAGCCAGUGGAAUCGUCAAAGGUAGUACCACAAUCUUCGUCAACAAAGAGCAAAAAGACCGGGACAUUUUCCCCUUUAAAAUGGAUUUCCCACCUUCUCCGGCAUCUUAGCUGACAUAAAGGCGACAUCUUGUCUCUUUUCAGUUUUUCAUUUUGACAAGGGAAAUUUCAUUUGAAUUUAAAUAUAUUAUCCUGUUAAUAUCCUCGUCAAUUACAUGUAUUAAGUACUUACCUCGCUGGAUAUGGUUGUCACAAAUUUUACAUUAAAUAUGGUCUUUAUUUGUACAUAGAAAUUUUAACUUGACCAAAAAAUAAACUUAAGGGCAGGGAAAUGGACUGAAGUUUUAUUUUACCUAGAAAGUCGUUUGUGCUUCAUAAUGUAAACCAAGAACAUUCAGUGUUCGAGUUUUGUGAUAAACUGCCACCUAAAAAGAUGUAAAAACUAUCUCUCUUGUUCUUUACCAUCGUCCAAUUACGUUAUUACUAAUCGAUUGAUUUUAUUUUAAUUAUACAUGUACCUUUUUUCAUACAAGCUCUUCAUUACAUUGUUUUAGUUGCCAUUUCCGCCUCUUUUAAAUUCCAAAAAGAAAGCGCUCGCAAGCGUUUCGUAUUCCUUUCAAUAUCAAACGUGAAAUCCGUUCUUUGAUGUUAGAAGAAACUAGGAACUCCUCUUCUCACGAAUGCCGUAGUGUUGUUUCUUUUUUUUGGCCAAGAAUAGUUAAUGAGUCGGUGUAACCGCCUUCAAACUCAAUCACAAAACCAAGUCAGGACUUGUACAGUCCUAUAUGGUGUUUAAAAAAGAGGAAUUUUACAGAUACGUAAAGCAAAAGGGAAGAGCAUAAAUAACAGGUUGUGUAGUAAGUUACGUUGUCUUUGAUUCUGAGGCGGAAAAGAAAAAGAGGGACAGGGUGGAAGAUUUGAGGAGGGACGGGGUGGUGAUUUGACCGAGGCACGAGAAAGGAAACAGCCCAAAGGAAAGGGAGUCAGUACUUUUUACCUUCCUUUACGUUCUGCGUCUUUUCGCAAAGACGAAUCUUUCCUCACGUCUUUUUUUACACUUUCAAGUGUUGUGUUAGCAUACAAACUUACCAGAUGCUACAUAACAAUAGCCCUCAAUGGUGAGUAGCGUUUGAAAUUUUAGUUCCUGGCAUUUAAUACUUAAGUAAGGAAACAACCGCCAUGAGAAAAUGUGUAUUUUUGUUGGUGGCACUGCCAAACAUUUUUUAAACAAAAUCUCGCUGUAUUCCACUAAGAAUACCUGGUAUAUUAAAGACUCGUACCCAGUCGUAGCUAGUCGCUAUUUAUGUAUUUUUGAGGUGAGAGAAUAUUAGGCUAAGUGUCAUGGGAAGAGACGAGCAGACGUUAUUUUGGUUUUCGCUCCUUCUGAUGACUUCCUCGCGCCUCGAUGGAAGCCAGUCUUUCCUCUUUUCAAUCUUUCCAGACUCAAAUAGUGACUGGGUCCAAGCCUAGGUAUAUAUGAAAUGUCUUGAGAAAUGUACCUCACCAUGUCCAACCAUUAAUGUUCAUAAAUGACUGCACUUCGUAACGGGAUUAAUAGGAAAUAAGAAGGCGAACGCUUUUGAAAAUGGUAAAGGUACGUUAGUGAGUUCAUGUACUUUACUUGUUUUUCGGUUGUAUUGGACUCAGGUAAAAAAAAAAAAUCAAUGUAGUAGGCAUGCCCGAAUCUCGGACACAGAUAAUUCUCGUCGUCCCCAGAGCCACUCGACUGUUUGUUGUUUUGUAACCAACGAAGGUCACGUGACUAAGAGAAACCGAAGGGCUCUGAUCUGGUCAAGAUGGAAUUUGGCUUCAGUGAGUUAUUUUAGGAGAGGUGAAUCGUCAUGCAGCGCGAAGGAGCCAAUAGUAGAAAAUUACGGCUGUUACCUUGUUGUUUGAUUUUCGUUAUUAUGACUGGGUAAAGUUAAUUCCAGACUUACUCAACGCCCGAGUCGCGGCCGCGAGCAGUUCACGGAUUUAUCUCAAUCCGCCCUUGUUCACAACAAUGUCCCAAACUCGAAAAAUGAUGUCUGCUGUCAAGUCAGCGGUGCUAUGCAACUUUUCGUUCUUUUCUCUAACCGAUUACUCACUGAAGAGCCAACUUAAAGUGAUUUUUUUACAGCACAAAGCGAAAACACCAAACCAGCCGAAAUUGGCUGUUUUCAGUUUGAAUUCAAUACGAUCUAAAUGAUCUGUCGCACCGGAAUACGGUCAGGUGAGCACCUGGGAAAGAAAAUUUUAAAAAUAAUUAAUAUAAUAAUAAAUCCAGUCUUGAAAUGGUUGACAGUGGUCUAAGAGUCAUGGAGUAGAGGUUAGGGCAACUUAUGAUAUGAUAACAGUUUGCGAAACUAUGUUACUUUGAUAUUAAACAUUGUGCGACUUAAGCAACGUUAUUAUAGUUUAAGUUGUAUCUAGAAGGAAACCACUAUUUUGAAACAAUGGUAUUAAAAGUCAAGUUUAUUAUCGGCUUUUGAUGUACUUGACCGAUGCAGCACCAAGGGUUCAUUUUGGCCGUGUUUAUAGUCAUGUACGGCUUAUUCAUGACCUAUUUUUGCCAAAAAUACUAGUUCCGCGUUUUCAUUUGUGACGAAAACAUACGAUAAUAUUCGCGUGAGUCUUCUCUUGUUGAUUUCGUUCCUCUUUUAACUUGAAAGGGCGCAUCGAAAGAAGAUGUCAUGUAGGAAGAUACAACCGUGACUUCCUGUUUUCUUAGGGCGUGAAUAUGAAAUUACUGCAUAAUGCGCGGACAUAUUCGCGCCUAAAGAGGUUAGAUAAACGAGGAUGUUGAAAGCAUUAGCUGAAAAGUACUUAAGUAUAUUUUUAGCAGUUGGUUUCGUUUCAAGCUCUCAGUCAUCCCCCUUUGGUAUCCACGUAGUGUGGUAACAUUAUAAGUUAUGAAACAACACAACUUUGUUGAUACUUUUAGGAUUAAGGAGCAGUGUAUAUUAAAGGCACUUUCUUGUCAUCCAUAACCAGGAAAUUACUGUAAGGCCUCAGCUGAGUAAUACCGUUAAUUCGAUGUGUUUAAAUUGAUCACAGAAAUAAAAAGCGUUGCGGUAGGUCAGUAACGUACUGUACACGACCUGCGGUUGAUUAGUUAUCUGUCGAAUGACUACGUCGUGCUUGAUGCGCGCUUCAAAAUGUCUUUCAUGAUAGUGCCCGAAUUUACUUUGCCUCAGCUCAGUUGAGAAAACUAUUUUGUUUUACUUCCACACUCGUGUAUGGUCGGGGUUUCUGUUGGAUCUCCAGUAGACUAUAUGGUUCAAAGUUUGCUAUGUUUCUUGGCUAAAGACACAACAGCUCCAUCAAGGCCAUACCUUGGUAUACAUAUAAUGGGUAAGCAACUUUUAUGCAGAUGGUACCGUAGUCUACAAGAAAUUCUUUCUCGGGUAAUCUUGUGUUUAGAACCAUUCUAAAAGAUUUCGGGGUACUGAAUUUGAUUUAACACAAGGAGGUUGUAAGAAAGGUUCUUCAAUUCUGUAUCUUUUUGGUCAUUUACACUUGACAUAAAGUUUCCAAAACUGACCGAGUUUCUGUUUAGGAAACAUCAGUUACCAUAAAACUGAAUGAAUGGUAAGAAUGCUGAUUUUUCUUUCAAAUGAUACGUGUCCCACUAAGGAAGGGACUGAUCUAGAAACCGUUAGGUGUCGCAAAGGUUUUUCACAUGUCAAGUGUAAUACCUAAGGGAAUGAAAGGGUCUGUUUAGUUCAUCAGAAGGGAAUGCGCACCAGCACCGCUCCAUCUAAAGAUUUAUUGUAACUGAUAUAAACAUAACUUAGAGUAGCACUAGAUUAAGUAAAAACAAUCUUCUUUUUGACUGAUCUUCAAGAUAUUGUGUGUGCCUUGCUUACUGAAGCCAAAGGGUUCUCAAAUCAUUAACCAAUGAGCUCUCACAAUUACAAACCUGCGGUUUAAACUGAGAAGGUAGACAGAUUGAGGAUAGAGUCACCUUGACCUACGUCAAUGAUUUUACUUAAAAUAUAAAUUUGGUUGAAAAGCAAUGUCAAAAAAAAAAUAGUUAGGCUGCGGUAAGCAGAACUUUGCUGGUUACUGCGGCGGUUAAGGGGCCAUCUUCAAAAGGGUUCGCAGCUUCUUUUAUACCAGAAACAACGAACCUAGUUCGGUACCAUCGACAUUCAGCGCAUGUGUGUCACCACGCCGCACUGUUGACCGCAAUUUCUUUUACUCAUUACUUCAACUGGUGUCGACAUUGUUUUUUUUUACAUUCCAUUAAUUACUUUACAACUUUACACAUGUCAAGGCGUAGGAGGUGCCACAUUGCAGUUUACACGGGAGGUUUUCGACACAAAAGAUCCCUUUAAUCCCACAAAAACGUUCGCAAGCUCUCUGCAACAAAAGGGGAAUUAAUGUGUCGUUGUUGACUGUUAUUAGAGUAACGAGAUCUGUUGUUUUCUUUGAGCUCAGAGUUGGUCUGUUGAGGUAAAUAUUUAAAAAUGAACAUGAAAUAUCGAGCAUCAAGUGGCGUUUAAAAAAUAAAAAGAAUUCGCUAGACUCAAAGUUGCUGAGCGCGCGUGAUCUGAAGAUGUCAGAUGUUUUAGGAUCAUUAUACAAUAACAUCGAUAUCUUCCGUGUAAACAUCCUUUGUGAAAUAUAUUUGGAUUAUGCGCUGUUUUUACCUUCCGUUUUCUUAUCUGAUGUGCGGUCAGUGACAAAAAACGUGAGAGAAACAAAAUUGUGUGCCGUAGGCCAAGGCCAAUGGGAAAAGGUUAUUGAUAUGCGAAGAAGAACUUGGUUACUACAGGCCAAAUGUUUGAAUUGCGCUCCAACGAUUCAGUGAAGAAUAAAUCCGCUCAGCGAUAUCAAUCGGAGUUGAUAUAAUUUGUUGAAGUCUUGCUAGUAGCGUUUUUAUAACUGGUUUUCGUUUGUCUCAAGUACUCAAAGUACAUUUAAAUGUAAAAUGUUUCAACUUUAUUAGGCAUUGUUUCCCAGAUAAGUAACUUUGACUGGUUAAUAGUUUUGUUCUCAAAGUAAAAUGAGUUGAGAAAACGCGCGACUGUUGAUCAGUUAAAACCUCGCGAUCAUUAAAAAUUAAAAGGUAAAACGCCUUCUUAUCUUAAUGCUUACCAAUCAGUCAAACCGGAAAAUACGUGGAGCAUAGAUUGUCGUACUUUAAGGUGACAUUUGAAAACAUUUCCCAAUAAAAGCUAGAAGUAAUUCUUUAACGUGAACAAAAGAAAUACUCGAUUACCUCAGUGAUACGGCAUAAAUCUGACAAUUCACUGGUUUCAAGGGGAAAUCUCAUAAAGAUGGUAUCUUGUUAUGUAACGAGCUGGAUUACGGAUAUGUAGUUAGUGGUGUCAUUUCCAAGAAAGUUGACGACUUACUUUUUUUUACCAUCAAAGUACAACCUCAACAGGAUUUUCUAAUUAGGGAAGAAAAACCUAUAAACAAACACUUUUAACGAAAAGGCCUAACUCAGUUAUGGACUUUAAACAAGAGUACUAAAGGUACCAAACUCGAAGUUGUUGCCACGUGUAUUAAUAAACUAAACACUAUAAAGUUAUCAGCAAAUUUGACAAAAGCUCGGGCUGGCACCUCAGAUAAAGAACCUUUUAGUGAUCAAUUCCUUCUCAGCUGCAAAAUCUCAUGAAUAUUUAAACUUGUCGCCGAUGAUUUAUUUGAAAUUGCACGCGCUCUACCUACACAAAACAUCUGCGCAAAGUAAACCAAAACGGCAAAAUUAAUUCGCCCUAAAAAUGUUUUCACUCAAAGUGUUACUGAACCACGCCUCAGUGCAAAGGGGUUCCUCGCACCUUCACCUUGCUGGCUAAUUUUAGUUUCCUAGAGCUGUAAAAAGAAAGUUGACUCAUCUGAAUGAAGUUUCAAACCCGGCUUUCAUAAUUGUUGAAAGGACUUGAAAAAGUUGAUUGUUGUUUACUCAAUCUGAAGAAUGUAUUUAGUUCUCUGGGAAGUUUCGGUUUCAAGCGUUUAUUGCAUCGAGGCUGCUUACAUCUUGAGAGAAAUGGUUUCUUACGUUUUUCAGUAUUGUUGUAUAUACUAAUUGAAUUCUACCUUCGAUUAUCUUAUGAUAAUGGGUUCUAAUUGACACUCUUUCCGAGUUUAUUAUAAACACUAAUUGAAUAAUGACCACAAUUAAUUUAGGUGGUAAUGUAAAGUAAGAUAAUAAAAACCUUUAUCGCCUGACCUUAACCCCUGCGGCACUUUGAGAGUGUCAAAGAAAAGAAAACUCUGGAUUCGUUUCAUAAUUACUUAUGGCAGCAGUCAGGGUAGCCCGUAGAUGCCUUUAAUAAAUGUCAAAACAGACUUUUAUUUGAACGAGAUACUUUUCAACCUGUCAAUCAACACAAAGGUGUUUUUUAUGGCAUUUCCUAAGACCCUUAACAAUAAAAAUAUUCAUUGCGAAUGUUGGCUGUUACAUUCAAUUUUGUCAGCUCUCCGCUCCGUUCCGCAUCGCGUCAGUCAGAGGCCCAAGAUGUUUAGGUAUCAAGACCCGGCCUUGCUGUUUUAUCAGAAUCCCCAGUGUGUGCAAAACAAUUUAUUGCUUCCUCCUCCGCCGCAUUACAGCUCUCAUUUUCUCGAGGAGAGCAGAAUAUGUAACCCUUCACAGCCUUGUUUUAUGACCAAACAAACUGGCGCGUUCAGCCCGCCAGAAUCAUACGGCUCCAGUGUACCUUCACAACUCCCAUUCAAUUACGGGACCGACCCGCGAACUUUUCUGCCCACCUCAUCGGGCAAGAUCAGCAAUCCUGGUAAGUUACACUGCACGCGCGCCUGCAACUUUCAUCACUGUAAUUCUCUAUGUACAUUUCCCUGAAAGACAAUUUAGCACUCUUUAUGUUCAAGUGCUAACUCCGUAACGACUUGAGAGUCGUUUGCGAUCAGCCUUCAGUUUAUUUGCGGUUUAUCGAGAGCUCGUUAAAGUUCGAUCUUGUCACGGGAGAUGGAGGUCUCGCUCAGUAAAACUAGGAAUUAAUUGUCUUUUAAAGUGCGGUGAUUACCUCCAGCCGUCUUGUAAACUUCUUAAUUCCAUUCUUUAUGCAUGCGAACCCUGUCAACGCUAGAAUUAGUUCCCAACAAGAAGUCAAGCUUUGGUUGUAAAUGGACAAUACAUUUCAAAGUGCUCAGUACGAGGGGAAAAGUUGGCCUGAAAACUGACGGAAUAAUAUAUAAAUACCAUAAUCCUGAAAAGUUCUUAAUCCUCGAAGUCUGAGAAAACUGACUAAUGACAAGACUUAAAAUAAUAUUCAGGUAAAAUGGAGAAGAAUUGAUACCUUUAAUUCCAUUUGUAAUCAUUUGCGUUAAUCCUUGUGAUAUGUGAAACUGUGCUUUGCUUAAGAAAUAUUUGCCAGAGGACCGUCUGAAUUAAGCCAUCACGAGAUGAAUUGAAUUCAAUUAAAGUUUCAUUUAGUUUUAAAGGAUAGUUCAGAAGACUUUCUUCUUCAUUGUAAUGUUUUUUAUCAACAAAAAUAUAUUUUUAACUAACUUAUAAUUCACCAAAGAAAAUGCAAGAUUAAGAGGAGGAUCUUAAUUAGAGGAUAAUUUUUUGUUACCUCUUCGGUUUCAAAAUAUCUUAAUCCUUCCCUUUUUCAGAACCUUCGUCAACCUCAGACAUAACUAUCCAUCAUCCUCUUCCAGUUUACUUCCGUGUUAAGCCAACUUUACGAACUCCGAGCGGUAAACGAUGCCGAAAAUCGCGUACAGUGUUCACGGAUUUACAGCUUCGAGUCUUGGAGAAAACCUUUUCGGAACAGAGAUAUCUAGAUUCAACAAAUCGAGCGAAACUGUCUCACAUUCUGGGUUUGAACGAGGCGCAAGUUAAAACCUGGUUUCAGAACAGGCGGAUGAAAUGGAAAAAGAAAGUCAACGCCAAAGCUGAAAAACCGGACAGUUCGAGCACGGGAAGGAAGGCAGAGAAGGCGGACCGGCCAGAGGAGAAAAACAAAAAAGAAACAACGACAAAGGAUACAAAGGAACAGGAAAAGAACGCGAAUCAGUUGGACAAUUCGAAUGAAUAGAUUCCACUGAAACUGACUUAUUUUCACUUACUUCAUCCUGAUAGUGAAAGAGUAUUGGAGCCUAUUCAACCGAAAAAGAUACUAGUGUAACUUAAGAAAUUACGAUGAUAAAACAGCGGAAGUUAAUUGAGAAGUUGGAAAUUGGGAAAAAUGAAGUUACAUUUUGGUAAUGAUAAGCAAUAUCGGUCGGACUUAUCACAGAUCUUCCAUUUAAAAGAAGAAAGAAAAACGCUUUUCUUUAUCUACGUUAGCGGGCCUUGCCUUUCAUCUUGAAAAUGCAAAUAAUUGUAAUACUCAUCAAGAUCUUGGCCUUAAAGUAUCUUAUCAUACGAAAAUGUUUCAAAGUAACUGUAAAAUUCCUAACUCAAGUUGAAAUCUGUAAAUCGUUUAGAUUCAGUUUCUACUAAAAAGUCGGUCCAAAGUCAAAUCCCCUAGAUUUCUACCAAAAAGUCGGUCGCACGUACUGCCGAAGAACUUUAUGUAGUUUUAGCGAGUUAAUUUGUAAAUAUCGCCCUAGCAUUUCCUGAUUUAAUAAAGAGUACAAAUCAAAAAGUGAUUUUCGGCUGUGAAUAGUUGGCGUAUGUCUGUUGAAUAUACACAGAAGGAAAAAGGACGAUAAUGUUUCAGAACUGGUGGUAGAACCGAACAGAAGUUUCUCAGCACCGCCGUUUCACUUUUCUACCUCAAGGAUCAGUGG